UCCCUUGGAGUACAGCGACUGUUUUGGUCGCUAUUUGUCACGGCGGGCGCUUCGACUGGUCGGCGGGACAGCGGGAGGAUCCCUGCGCGCUGCGCCCUCUUCACUCAUCUCACCGGGGCUCAGGUGGCGUGUCCCUGGCUAAUCUUCGGCCGCUGAGCUGGGCACCGCGCGUGGCUACAACAAUUUCUACGAGGUGUGCACUCGUGAAUGCGAGAUCCGUGAUGGACAAGACUUUUGUUCUCCAGGACUUUUUUUCGUCACACUCUUUGGAUAUACUGUUCUUGACAGAAACCUGGAUUGGCACCGAUAAACCACCAUGGGGAAAGGCUGCUUGACUGCAAUGAAAUAUUUCCUGUUCCUGUUCAAUCUCAUCUUCUUUCUGCUUGGUGCCGUCAUCGUGGUCUUUGGAUUGUGGCUACUCCUGGAUAACCAGAGCUUCAUUGUUGUCAUCAACAACUCAAUAGCUGUCAAGGCUGCCUGCUACAUCUUGAUUGGAGUCGGGGCUUUUUCCAUGGUCAUUGGCUUUCUUGGCUGCUUAGGAGCUAUUUGUGAGAGCCAAUGUCUGCUUGGCUUGUACUUUGCCUGCCUCUUGUUGAUCUUAAUUGCUGAGAUUGUAGCUGGCUCCCUCGUCUACUUCUACAAGGGUGUGGUAAAUGAAAAACUGUCUAAGAUUGUGUCCAAUGUUUUGGACAACUAUCCCGAAAACAACUCUACCGCAAAGCAGCCUUUGGACUUUAUCCAGCGGAAUAUGGAAUGCUGUGGCUGGAAUGGUCCUAUGGACUGGAAUGGAAACAUGGUGAUCAUCAACAGCUCUCAGCUCCUGUUUCCUUGCUCGUGCCAAAACGUGUCCAUUGCAACCGGAAACGUUUCUAAGAAUGGAUUCUGUGAAGCUCAGACACCUGACUGGCCUGUAUAUGACACGGGUUGUUCUGCUAGAGUGGAAAGCUUGUUUCUCACCAACAUUGGAGUUGUCCUGAGUAUUUGCAUCGGAAUCACAUUUAUUGAGUUGAUGGGAAUGAUCCUGGCCAUCCGUUUGUGCAGAAACAUUCACCUGGAGGACUAUACCAAAGUGCCAAAGCUCUACAGUUCUUCAGAUUGAAUUUAGCUUGAGCGAAGUUGCACAUGUGUUAACGGAAAAAGAAGGAAUUUUGCUAACAAAGGCUAAACACAUUGAAAAUCUGUUAGCUUUGUUUUAGUUGGAUUAUUCUUCCUUUGAGGGACUUCAAUAUUCUUUCUUGGCCCUGUUUUGUCUGAAGCUUUAAAACAUUUGUUUUGAUUCUAAACUUUCAAUGGAGGCAAACAUUUGACUUAUAUUACAUUAUUUGUGUUACCAAACAUUAUGUGUUAGUUAGUGUCUUAAGGAUUGUUUCAGUUUUUGUUUAACUCUCGGGGUAAUCUGUAACACAGCUAUUACGGGCUGUUAAUUCCCUCAAUUCUGGUGUGUUUUUAAAUACAUUUUCAACGUUUUUGAUAUCAUUUGUUCAUUUUAAUUUUAAAUUAAUUUGUUUGUUUCACUUCAUUUUCAUCAAUAGAAGCAGGCUUCUUAUUGUUCAUUUAAAAUAUUCUUUCUCCUCUAAUUUUCAACUUAAUUUAAAAUAUUUCUGUUGGUAUUACAUUUAUUCUUUUUGUAAAAGUCACCUCAGAAAUUAUGUAUACUGCAAUCCCUUUGCAAUUAAUUUUCUGGAUAUUGAAUACUGAAUUCAUAUUCAUCCAAGGACAUGUGGUAUUUAUACCUUCUACACAUUUGUCAUCCAGUUUCUUGUCUACAAUGAGUGUAAAACCCUAUAUACUAAACUUGCAAUGUUUUAAAAAAAAAAGUAUCUUCCUUGUACCGACAUAGUAGUGAUGCUGGCUUUGUAAUUAAGAACUCACGUCAAUCUUUAUAUUUUCUUUUGUCAAUAAAGUGAUUACAGUUA